UGAUACCGAUCGAUCCAUUUCAGUAUCCAUGCCAUGCGGUUUGCAGGCCAUUUUGCUGACCAGUGAGAUUCUUUCUAUACAUCGUUGGUUGAGGUUGCGGCAAGAGUUUCUGGCCAAAGAAAUAUGAAGCACUUUGUUUCCCUGUGCAGACGAAUUGGAAUCUUGGGAGAGACCAAACCAAACAGAAUACCUUCCUGUUCUAUUUGGAUUUUCUAUUUGGCACGAUUUUCAGAGGCACACCAGGUUAUCAUGGAUUCGAACAUGGCGCUUCUGGGGGUGCCCUCAUCACGGAGCAUUGCAAGGCUUAAAGAAUGCAAUGCGGUGGAUUGCCCAUGGAGCAAACCUCGGUGCUCCUGAAGCUGUGGACAUGGUGACGACAGGAAGAUUGCAGGGGCCAUUGCAGGGGUGCAUUUGGGGCUGUGAUUUACAUGCCCAGAUGGCCCAGAUCCAUAUGGCGUGCACGGCGUGUUCUUUUCGUCCUUUCUGAUGUUUGGAUCCACUUGCGGUGCACCGACAUCACCGACCGAGUGGCUUCUGGAGUUUGCCCAGCUGCCAGUCUUCGGACGAGCGCGUGGCUCUCUGAACACUUGUGGCAGGGACGUGGCACAGCUUCUGUUACUGAACUUUGGGACGGGAGGAGUUGCGAAGACACCGUAAAACAUAUUCUGUUGUGGCGAUGCAAGCAUGAACCAUGUUCCGCUGGCGCAAGCUUCACGGAGGAUAUUGCGGCGGAAAUCUUUGUGGUAUGUUUGUGUCUUGAGAAAGGAAAUGAGACUUCCCAUGCGGGGCUAAGACAAUUGCAAUUGUUUGAAGAUUUGGCACGGAAGAACAUUGACUUAGAAGAAAUUGUUGUCUCGCAAGAUCUUUGUGACCAGCCAACGCAUGAACGACGGCAGAAAAUAUUGUUUUGCCUGGAGCAGCAACUGUCUAUUUGGUUCAAGCAAAACUCUGCUUCCCAGCAUAUCACUGCUGAUUAAACUUCACUAAGGUUUGGUUUCAUUUACACUGUUUCAGUAAGAGUGGAUGCUGAUUGUGGUCUUCAAG